GGGGCUCGCAAUUGCCCCAAGAGCCACAGUCCAGUCACCCACAUCCUCUGGCCGGCAGAGAGCAAAGCCCGCCAUGUCUAGGGGAGUCUCCAUCACGCCAGCACCUCCGGGUCCCGUCUCCAUGUGCUUCCACACCACAGCUGAGCUCAGCUGGAGUUGCACAGACUUCCAAAGGUCAUGUUGUAUUAAGAUUAGCAAAACCAGGCAUAUGAGCCAUUUGUACCAAACCGCUGAGCCCGGUCCAAACUUUGUGCUGACUAAGCUGGAGCUCAAACUUUUAAUCUUAUGUCACAAACAUCACCUUGUAUGGGUAUGGUGGGGAUGUAACAGGGAGUGAAGGUAGAAAUUUGAGCCAAUAGGUAUGGGGACAUUAGCAUAAAACAUGUCUUUGCAUUACAUAUGGUAAAUCAGAUAAUAAAAGGUUGUGGUCUAGAGAGCGCAGUCCCACAUGCUUUGAAGACGGCGGAAAUGAUACUGUCUAUCCUAAGGGCCAUCUUUUAGGGGAAAGUGUUCACUUAGCAAGGUACCUCGUUCAUGGCUGGGUAAUGCCUUGCGCUGUCUCUUCUAACCUGCUCCAUAGAGCACAACUUGUCUCUCCUCGUAGCUCUCCACCUUGACCACACCUAACCCUAGGACCUGGAGGAGUUGGCAGCACCUUGCUCCUUCACCUCAACCCUGAAAACAACUGCUGGAGACGGGACAUAGGGCUGUUUGGACUUCGGGUUGGAGCCUGAGUUCCUGUGGCCUUCAUCUAGAAAGAAGACAGAGGGGUCCUAACAGCAACCGUAUUUAGUACAAGGGCCACGCUGGCCCCCAAGCCUGGCUGAAGGCCACCCUACACUGGAGCUCUGACAUCCCCCACCCACGCCAGCCAGCACCCCAGAGCCUCGCCCCAGAUUUGCUACCAGCAACUGAAGAAGGAAGUCACAAGAUAUUGCUUGUUGCUCGUUAUCACUUUGUGCAGAGUCGCUCCCAGCGACUGACCUUAUCAGAGCAUCCUGCCUCUGCCUCUGCCCCACUCUCCAGCCAGCCACAGCAGGAUGGAUGCCCAGAAGUCCAGUCUCCUCAGCUUCCUCCUGCUUGCAGCUCUGGGAUGUGCCGUAGUGGUCUCACGCACUCCGGAAAUCAGCAAGCUCCAGGGCAAGGAGGUUACAUUCCCCCUGGAGGUGGGAAACAGCUCCAAGUUUGACUACAUCAUCUGGACUCUGCACGGCCAGCCAGUGGCCCUCAAGCAGCCGAAAGAGCCUACCCUCGUGCUGCUGCCAGCAUUGGCAGGCAGAGUGACCCUUCAGGAGCCCAACGGCAGCUUGCAGAUCCGCAACCUGUUACUGGAGGACAGUGGCCUGUACGUGGCAGCCACGCAGAACGGGUCAGAGCGCACGCGACUCAAGCAGUAUUGCCUGCUCGUCUUUGACAUCACGGGCAAUGCAAUCUCCUGGUCCAACGGGAGCUGCAGCUUGGAGUUGACCUGCCAGGUGGCACGAGGCCAGGACCGCGACAUUACCUACAGUUGGAGACCUGCAACGGUGGACAGAGGUCCCUCCAGCGAGGGUCCCAAACUCUCCCUCUACCUGGACCCCUGGAACAAGAACCUAUCCUACAAAUGCACGGUGCAGGACACCAGCAACUCCAGCUCCCUCAUCAUCGAACCCUACCAGUUCUGCCGCAGCAGUGUAGAGACAGCAGCCCACUCCAUGGCCAGUGUAAUACUCUCCUGCCAGCUGAAGGCCUUUGUCCUGGGGAUGGUGGUGGCCCUGCAAUGACUGUGCCCCACUACAAACACCAGGAGUGAGCUGCACCCAGCAGGGAUGGAUGGACGGACCGGGAGGAAGUUCCCAGCCCAGCUGCUGCUUGGCUCAGCUCGUGUCUCGUCCUGGCAUCAUCUUGGCUGAAUGCGCCUCUAUCCUGCAGGGCUGCUGCUGCUUUGGGAAGCCUCUGUAUUCUCCCACCUCCCAUGGGAGCUUCCCCUCCAUCCCAUUGGGGUUUAACCCAGUUACACCCACAGGGGAACAGACCCCUGACCCCGACUCAAAAUGCAUUGCCCAACUUCUUCCUCUUUAUGAAACCCAUGACUCUGUCCUCUCCUGCUACCCUACAUGGGGGUAACCCUGCCCUUCCCCUUGCGUAGAUACAGACCUCACCCAGAGCCCCCUUUAACACCAGCUUUGCAUCUCCUCAUGCCUACAACUCUCUCAAUAAAGCAGGGAUGACAUUUGA